AUGAGUCCGCGACACCCAACUCCCAAGAUAGAGCCUGAAUCCAGCUCCAGUGACACACUCGUCAACUCUGUUACACGUCAAAAUACCACGAAUAAUGUUCCGAGCACCACCGGGUCGAUGUUGCGCCUGUCGUUAUGGGUCUCCUUUGCUGGAUGGAUCUCAAACUUCGAUAAUGGCUACGCUGGCACAGUCCUGAUCAUGCAUUCUUACAAACGCUCAUUCGGAAGUUGCGAGCAAGUUCUAGACCCGAACACGUAUAUCGAUAUCCAGCAUUGCUCGCUGACGCCGCUACAACAAUCCCUCAUCAGCCUCAACUUCCUGUUUAUUGCCAUCGGAGGCGGAAUUGCAGGCGUGACCGGUCAAUACAUGGGACGGAGGGGCUCAAUACAGGCUGGAUGCGCAUUGGCAAUCAUCGGUGCUGCUGGAAUGCUUGGCACCAGCGGAAGCUUCCUUCGCUACAUGGUGUGCCGAUCGAUCAGUGCUGUGGGAAUUGGACAGCUGAUCUCAGCCAGUAUCACUUACGGUUCCGAGUGCAUCGUUGCCGAGAAGCGUGGUCUGUCCCUGGGGUUGUAUAAUGUUGGACUCGCUGGGGGGAAUGUUGCCGCUUUUGCGGUGUGUGCCGGCUCUGCGCGUCUGGAGCCAGCCAACGACUGGCAAUGGAAGACACCCAUUCUAUGCCAAAUACCACUGGGAAUGAUUCUUGGUGCUGGAAUCUUGAUGCUUCCUGAGUCUCCGCGCUGGCUCAUGGUACAUGGCCGGGAGGAGGAGGCGCGGAACUCGUUCAGCGUGUUAUACUCCCAAAGCCCACAUUCGCCGGAAAUCACUGCACAGAUUGACGAUAUCCGAACCAAUAUCGCGAACGAGCGGGCAAGCCUCAAAUCUGUCUCAUGGUUUGAUAUCUAUCGCAGGAAGCAUAUUGGUCGCACAUUGACAUCUGCCAUGAUUAUGGUUGGAGUCGCCAUUACUGGUAUACAAUUUGUACAACCAUAUGCCACACUGUUUCUCAAAGGGGUUGGUAUCAGCGACCCAUAUUUAAUAAAUGUCAUUAUCGGCCUGUGCAUCCUAGGAGGAGCGCUUUUUGGUCCGUUCAUUGUGGAAUACGGCGGAAGGCGAAUUGCCAUGCUUUGGGGUUAUAUUAUCAUGGGUGUCUGCAUGCUCACUCUUUCUUCUGUGAGCACCGCUCUUAACAUGGAUGAAAAUGCAGAGAUAGUGACUGUUGUUCUUCUGUGUUUCUGGGCCUUUGUUUUUGGUGGGACUAUUGCUGUGAGUGCUAACCUAUCUUCUGUUGAGAUGCACAGCGUCUCCCUUCGCACCUUCGGACAAGCCAACACAACAGUCUUCUACGGUAUAUUUGCCUUUGGUGCAACCUUUUGGACGCCUUACAUGUUAGGUACGGAUUACGGAAACAUGGGUCCCAAUGUGGGCUACUUCUAUGCUGGCAUUACCGCCGUUAUAGGUGGUUUAACCUUUUUGCUCGUGCCAGAGACUGCUGGAAUCACACUGGAGCAAAUUGAUGAGGGUUUUAAUAUGGGAAUCAAGGCAUGGAGAACGUCGCUUCCCAAGAAUAAAGCCAUUGCUUCCUCACGGAGACGAGAUAUGGCAGAUGGAAACGUUGGAGUUUGA